GAGCUCUGCUAAAGUCAGUAACAAAAAAACAGUGUUGAUUAAGUGUAAGUCCCACCAUAUGUGCCUUAUCAAUAUGUAUGGUAAAUGUAUCCAACCAAGCAGUUAAAUAACAAACCCUUCCUUAGUUAAAGUGGGUGUUCUAGAGCGGGGCCAGGGUUGGCAACCUGUGAUUUAGAGUAAGAGAAUCAGGUUUGCUUUAAUCACAAUAAACUCUGCUGUGAUUUAUUUAUUUUUUUUAUAUUAUUAAUUUUGUGGUCAUAUUUGGGGGAAGAAGCUGCCAACCUGUGUCACCCAUUUUGUAUCUGACUGUAUGUGUAUUUUAUGUGAAUCCUAUUUUAUUAAUGAUUCAUCUUUAGAUCUUCAAUUAGUACAAAAAUGUCUCAAGAAGUUUUAAUCAGUCCCUGCCUUACACAGCUUAACUGGGACUUAUAAACGGCUUUGGUUAAUUGUCUGAAUUUUGGUCUGAUUACAGACCCUGCAGACACUGAAGAAACAGCACUGUCCAGGCACCAGACUCUUCUAACUACAUGGAUAAAGUCUGCAACUAUUUUUCAAAUAAGGAAGUAUUUUUAGAUAUUGGAGAGGCCUACAACUGACUAACCUUGGAAGAGUCUGAUAAAUGCCAGUCUAUAGUAAUGUUUGGUUUGUAAGAUUCCUUAUGUUCUCUUUGAGUCGUGUUAUCUCAGCUCUUACUGUAGUUAAACAGGUUGUGCUGUAGUUUCACUUUGAGCACCUGCCUCUGCAGGAUAUCUGCACAACCAUGCAAACAACAUGAAAUGCUAAAGUACUGAUAUUAAAGGAAGUUCCCCUCCGCGUCUGUCACCGCCACACGCCCCUCUGUGGUCUGUAAGGUCAAAACUUUCUGUCUUUUCAGUUCUGUUAGUGUUUGUGCAGCAAAUGAACGAGUGACUUGUGUGGAAAGCUUCCUGUAAUCACAACCAGACAGCCAGCACGUUCCUCUGACGUUCUCCUCCUUCUAAUUCGCAAUGGCUGAUGUUGGGGAGGUGAUCUACACAGCACUGGAAAUAUUCAUUGCUGUUGCCUGUUGUCUGGGCAAUGUGCUGGUCAUCUGGGCAGUGUGGACAUCUGGAGCCCUCAGGCAGCCCACCUUCUGUUUCAUUGCGUCCCUCGCAGUGGCUGAUUUCCUGGUGGGGGCUCUGGCUGUCCCCCUGGCUGUGCUGGUGGAUGGACGGGUCGAGAUGUCUUUCCAUGGCUGCCUUUUCAUCAGCUGUGCGGUCAUCGUGCUGACCCAGGCCUCUGUGUACUCCCUAUUGGCCAUUGCUGUGGACCGGUAUCUGCGUGUUUACAUCCCUCUCAAGUACAAAGGACGAGUCAAACGGACACACUCUUGGGCCAUAGUGGCAGUAUGUUGGAUGAUUGCUGCUGUGUUGGGCUUCAUUCCUACGUUUGGAUGGAACAACUACAACUCUUUACAACCUUCCAACUCCACCACCAUUGUGUGCCAGUUCCUGACCGUCAUACCAAUGUCAUACUUGGUCAACUUCAUCUUCCUCAGCUGUCUUCUUCCUCCCAUGAUGAUCAUGACUGUUCUGUAUGGCUUCAUCUUCUGCACAAUAUCUCAGCAGCUGAGAGGAGGUGUUAUCAGGGCCGCCAAGUCCAGCACAUAUUAUGUUAAAGAGAAGAAGCUGGCCAGUUCACUGGCUCUUGUUCUGGCUCUGUUUGCAGCCUGCUGGCUGCCUAUACACAUCAUGAACACCAUUGAGUUUUACAGCCAGAGCAGCCUUGUCCCUCACAUCGCUUUCUAUGUUGGCAUUCUCCUCUCACAUGCCAACUCAGCGGUGAAUCCUGUAGUUUAUGCUUUCAAGAUACCCAAAAUAAAGAAAGCAUACACAAUGGCCUGGAGGAAGGCUCUCCCAUGUCAGAGAGAACAGCAAACAGAUCAGAGCAGAUCAGAAACCAAUGCUAGCAGCAACACAUACAGCACUGCUAAAUCUGCUACAGUUCUUACAUGAGCUGCAUAUGUGCUACAUAACUGCUUAGAGCUCCUCGCUUUCAUUAGAACUGGACACGAUAAAUGUGACUGAAUGAAAUAAGCUUACUGGGCCUACUGAGAUACUAGAUUUGGGUUGGUUGACUCCCCUUAAAGUGUUUUUACGAUGGCUUUUGAAUCAUAUUAUUUAUGUUUCCUGGAUGAAAAGGCAAAUUUAUCAAGGGCUCGGGUUCCAGCCACACGGUUUAACACAGACAGUCUUAUUCUCUUUUACAGAGCUGUUGGAAACACAGCCUUGUUUACAUUAUUGUUUUGUGACAUUUCCGUAAUUUGCUUGACUCUAAUUAGACAGC